AUGUUUGGUCCCGCAGACCUCUACUACCAAUGUGAACAGCGGGUGAGUCGGCGUCAAGCACAAGAUGAUAAAAUUAUUUUUAUUGUUUCCGGAAUGCUUGGACGUGAAGCGAUUCUCAUAACAGACGACCUGCCUGAAAUCUCAGCGAUUUAUGUGUAUUGUCGAGACAAACAAACACAUGAAAUAUGGGCCUCGAAAUAUCGGAAAGUAUGCUCGGCGUUAACAAGUCCAGAUGAAUUGGCCAAAAACAUUUCUGCUGAUCAAAACGCUCGUGAAAGAACUAACGCAAUGACAUCGAAACCGAUAUCGAUUUAUGACAGUAAUUCUUCUUAG